AUGUCAUCAUCACUCUCGUUGUCAUAUCUAAACCAAUUAUCCAUCGUUGUUUUCAUCCGAUCAUCCUUUUCUUUUUUCUUAUAUCAUCUUGUUUCGAUUAUAUCUUCGCUUGACAAUGGGCUCGGCAAGACACCACAAAUGGGAUGGAACAGUUGGAAUCAUUUUGGUUGCCGUAUCAACGAAACGGUCAUUCGUGAAACCGCCGAUGCUUUGAUUAGUACUGGUUUAGCCAAAGCCGGUUAUACUUAUGUUAAUGUUGAUGAUUGUUGGGCAUCAACACGCGAUUCCACAACAAAGUUUAUUCAGCCUGAUCCAAGUACAUUUCCAUCCGGUAUGGCAGCACUAGCUGAUUAUGUUCAUUCUCGUGGUCUCCUUUUUGGACUGUAUUCGGAUGCUGGAUAUGAAACUUGUGCUGGACGACCCGGUUCGUUCGGUUACGAAGACAUCGAUGCACAUGUAUAUGCACAAUGGAAAGUCGAUUAUUUGAAAUAUGAUAAUUGUAAUUCUCGGCCGACAAAUUGCACAAUCAAGGAACGUUAUGAACGUAUGCGAGAUGCACUUAAUCGUACAGGCCGUCCAAUAUUCUAUUCUGCAUGUGAAUGGGGAGAAAUGUUACCUGCAUUGUGGUUUCAAUCAGUGGCAAAUUCCUGGAGAACAACAGGUGAUAUUGUCGAUACAUGGUUGUUGAUGUUACUCAACAUUGAUAUCAAUAAUUUAUUCUGGAGUUUCGCAGCACCACAUGGCUUCAAUGAUCCGGAUAUGUUAGAAAUCGGUAAUGGUGGUAUGACGUACAAUGAAUACCGUACUCAUAUGAGUCUUUGGUCUAUAGCAAAAGCUCCGUUGCUUAUUGGUUGCGACGUGCGAAAUAUUUCGAAAGAAAGCUUAGAACUUCUGACAAAUCCAGAAGUUAUUGCUGUGAAUCAAGAUCCGCUUGGACUUCAAGGAAAGAAAGUUCGUAUUGAUCCUUACAAUGGAACUGAAGUUUGGGCUGGGCCAUUAGUCAAUGGAUCAAUGGCUGUUGUUGCCUUUAAUCGAAACAACGACGUGUCUCAAGCAGUCGUCGUCUCAUUCAGUGACUUAGGCUGGAAAACGACAAGCCAGGUGAAUGUACGUGAUCUUUGGGCACGACAAGACCUGGGACAAUUCCAAGGCAAUUACACUGCCUUAAAUAUCGAGCCGCAUGGUGUUCAGAUGCUGAAAAUGACGCUGAUUGCAUUGGAAUAA